AUGGACGUAGUUCUGCUGCUGAUCAUGGCAGCUGCAGGGCUGAGCGCUGUCUCCUCACAUGCUCAACGUCAGUACCAUUUUGUUUCUGAAGCAAAGAACAUGUCUGAAGCACAGAGAUACUGCAGAGAGAAACACACAGACCUGGCCACUGUAGACAGCAUGGAGGUUGUGGAGCUCCUGAACAACAUGGCAGGCCAAUACAACCAAUCAGCCUGGAUAGGGCUGCACGAUGACCGGGACACCUGGAAGUGGUCGAUGUCAGACCCAAGCUUCUACGGACUGGGGGAGAAGGAGUUCAGGCCAUGGGGGCCUAAUCGACCAAACAACGGGCACGAUGAACAAUGCACAAAUUUUUAUUCUGGUGGAACAGGAACAUGGUUCGAUUAUCCUUGUAAUAUCCCCCUCUGGGUGAUCUGCUUUGAUGUCACAGGGCCGGAUGCAACAUUUGUCCUCAUCAACAGCGCAAUGACAUGGACUGAGGCCCAGAGCUACUGCAGAGAACACCACACAGACCUGGCCAGUGUGAGAAACCCGGCGGAGAACCAGCAGAUUGUUGAGCUGUUAACUGGAUCUAACGCCUGGAUCGGCCUUUACAGAGACUCCUGGAAGUGGUCCGAUGGAAGCAACUCCUCCUUCAAGUACUGGAAAGUAAAUGAACCUAACUACGUAGGUCUCAAAGCUUGUGUGGCUGCAGCUUUCGACAACUCUGGAAAAUGGGAGGACUUGGACUGUGGAGUGGAGAAACCAUUCAUUUGCUACGGACCUGUGCCUGUUUCAAUGAAAGUGAUAAAGGUGAGCGUGGAGAAACCAAACGGUGUGGAUCUGAACGACCCCGCUUUUCUGGAUGCGAUGUUGGUGGAGGCGAAAAAGAACCUAAGGGCCCAGGGAUUGGACGACAACGUCCAACUGGCCUGGAGGAAGCAGCCGGAUGGACAAGUCUUCCACAAGGAGGAGGAGAAGAAGAGGGAUGAACUCUCAGCCUGGAAAGGGCUGUAUGAGGACGUGGACACCUGGAGGUGGUCACUGUCACACCCAAGCUUCUACAAACCGGGGGAGAUGGAGUUCAGACGAUGGGGGUCUGGACAACCAGGCAACACUGUGACAGAACGAUGCUCAAUGAUUUGUUCUCCUCAUGGACUAUGGGAUGAUGUUGUUUGUGACAACCGCUACUGCGCAGUUUGCUGUGAGGUCACAGGACCGAAUGUGAGAUUUCUCUCCACUGAUGGUGUAAUGACAUGGACUGAGGCCCAGAGCUACUGCAGAGAACACCACACAGACCUGGCCAGUGUGAGAAACCCGGCGGAGGAGCAGCAGAUUGUUGAGCUGUUACCUGGAGGGAUAUAUUGGAUCGGCCUUUACAGAGACUCCUGGAAGUGGUCCGAUGGAAGUUUCUCCUCCUUCAAGUACUGGGCAGAAAAUGAACCUAAACACAGAGCUUUUAAGGUUUGUGUGGCUGCAGCUUUCCAUGACUCUGGAAAAUGGGAGGGCUUGUACUGUGGGUUGAAGAAACCAUUCAUUUGCUACGGACAAACCUACAAACCUGACGCUCUGUCCCAGCGGUUUGCAGGGGAUCAUGACUCCACAGUUCUUGACACCAUAAUUCCCGCUACCAGGGUGGUGGGCGCUGUGACGUGGGAGAUUGAGAGCUCAGUGAGGAACGAACAGAAAGACCAGCCAGAUCCAGUUGCAGUCAGAGAGCAAACAACGAUGGACGUAGUUCUGCUGCUGAUCAUGGCAGCUGCAGGGCUGAGCACUGUCUCCUCACAUGCUCAACGUCAGUACCAUUUUGUUUCUGAAGCAAAGAACAUGUCUGAAGCACAGAGAUACUGCAGAGAGAAACACACAGACCUGGCCACUGUAGACAGCAUGGAGGUUGUGGAGCUCCUGAACAACACGGCAGGCCAAUACAACCAAUCAGCCUGGAUAGGGCUGCACGAUGACCGGGACACCUGGAAGUGGUCGAUGUCAGACCCAAGCUUCUACGGACCGGGGGAGACGGAGUUCAGAAAAUGGCAGCCUGGAGAACCAGGCACCUUUCACGAUGAACAAUGCACAACUUUUCAUUCUGGUGGAACAUGGUCUGAUUAUCCUUGUAAGACCCACUUCUGGGUGGUCUGCUUUGAUGUCACAGAAUAA